AUGCAGUACGUGCGCAAUAUCAGCGACUCGGUGUCGACGGCAUGGAACUCGAUAAAUCCUGCCACCCUCAGCGGCGCCAUCGACGUCAUCGUUGUUGAGCACGCGGAUGGCACGCUGGCCUGCUCGCCUUUCCACGUUCGCUUCGGCAAGUUCUCCUUGUUGCGACCCUACGAGAAAAAGGUAGAGUUCCGAGUCAAUGGCGCCAAACAGGAAUACUCCAUGAAGCUCGGCGAAGGUGGCGAGGCCUUCUUCGUCUUUGAAACCACCGAGACCAUCCCCGAGUCCAUGCAGACCUCGCCUCUAGUCUCCCCAGCCAGCAGUCCGCCCCUCGGCCCCGACGAGUCUGUCUCCCAGCUUGGACUUCCCGAUCAGUUCGCGCUGGAUGGCGACUCUCCUGUUGGCCGCAGAGCUUCCGAUGACCACCUCCUGGAUGAAAAUGGAUAUCCCACUCCCGCGUCGUCUCCCCUCAACCUGUCGAAUCCCAGACCAGCUUCCGGCGAUUGGUCUGCCGCGCUUGCCCGUCCUCGCAGCGAAGAUAUCUUGCGCCCUUCCGCCCGCGCAGUUGAACGAGACACAAGCGAAGUUGCUGAGCGAGGCUCUGAGCGGUCUCGGAGCCCAUCCCCUGUCAACAUCCAAGAAGCCCUCGAACGUGCCACGACGCUAUCCCGCGGACUUUCUGCGGUCAACAUUCCCAGUCAAGUUACCGAGACUGGUGAUCUUAUGCUGGACAUGAGUGGUUUCCGAAGCAGCGAAGAAGAAAUGCUCCGCGCCGAGAUCCAGGCUCGAAAGAUUCUCUCUGAAGAAUUGGACGGCAACUACGAUAUCGGUGCGCUCUUUGGGUUCGACGAAGAAGGCAAUUUGUGGAUUUACAGCAGCGAGAGUGCCAAAAAGGCUGCCAUGAACAAAACCAUCGAAUCAUCCCUGCACGCGCAUCGCCACGGCGUGGCUGCCGAUGCAGUGUCUGAUCCUGGUUAUCAAAGCGAUGGCAGCGAUGUGACCAAUUCUCCUCGUGUACCGACUCAUCGCCGCUCCGAGUCGGAUGCUGGCCCUGUUGGCCUUCAAACACCUCCGCACACCCCCGCCGAUGCUGGUGUUGGCAAUCCGAAUCGCAACUAUGCCAAGACUCUGCGCUUGACUAGCGACCAGCUCAAGGAGCUUGAGUUGAAGUCGGGUGAGAAUCCCAUGAGCUUUACCGUCAACCGUGCCACAUGUACCGCCAAUAUGUACCUCUGGAAGCACGAUACCCCGGUCGUCAUCUCCGACAUUGACGGAACAAUCACCAAAUCAGACGCCCUAGGCCAAGUGCUGAACAUGAUUGGUCGCGACUGGACUCAUGCUGGCAUUGCCAAGCUUUACAGCGACAUUGCUCUCAAUGGAUAUAACAUCAUGUAUCUCACGAGUCGCUCCGUCGGACAGGCCGACACCACGAGAGCGUACCUCAACAAUAUUGUUCAAGAAGGAUGCAGGAUGCCUCAUGGCCCUACCAUUCUGUCUCCUGAUCGAACAAUGGCGGCUUUGCGUCGCGAGGUGUACCUCCGCAAGCCACACGUCUUCAAGAUGGCUACGCUUCGCGAUAUCGCCAAUCUCUAUGGCCCCAACGGGACACCCUUUUACGCUGGCUUCGGUAACCGACUAACAGAUCAAAUCUCCUACCGUACUGUUGAUGUUCCACGAAAGCGCAUCUUCACCAUCAACUCUAACUCGGAAGUUUCGCUUGACCUGCUCAGCUUGAACAAGCUCAGGAUGACGUAUGUGCAUAUCAAUGAAGUCGUCGAUCACUACUUUCCCUCGGUUUCCAUGCUCGUCAAGGGUGGUGGAGAGGACUACACCGACUUCAAGUACUGGAGAGAUAACCCUCUUGAGCUGGAUGAAUUCUCUGCCAGUGACAGUGAUGACAUUGAGGGGGAGAUCGAGGAGGGCAGCGAAUACACCGAUGGCGAAGACGAAGAGGACAUGGAUGAGCGCCUCGGCGAGAGUUACAUUUCCCAAGCCUCGGUUGACGAGCUGGAUAGUCGCAUGGCGAUGUCCAUGACACAGAGCCAAAUCGAGGAGGAAUUUGAAGCUGGGGACGACGCCGACGGAGAAGAAUACUUGGACGAACAGGAAGACGCCGCCGACGACGACGACGACGAGAAAAUCAUAAAGAAGAACGCAGAUGAUCUUGAAGAAGACUACGCUGCGGAAAUUAUUACUGGGGGCAUCGCCACACUCGAUAUCAACAAUCAUGCGCCGCCACAAGUUCUAGAACCCGUCGAGAUUCGCUCCCCGUCCGACUAA